GGGAUCCUUGAUCACCUAUAUAAACUUGCCUGCUUCCCCGCCUCGCCAGAAGGUAGUCAGGAGCCUGGACUCAUUGCAGAUCACCUGGAACACUCACUAAUAAGACUACCUGUGUCACCAGUAGUUCACCUGGAUCAACCUUCCACUAUGAGGCUCUGUACAUUAGCUCUCUGCUUGGUGGUUACCAUGAUGGUGGGGUUGAAGCCUGCCGGAGCCCUGCCCUGGCCGGACGCUGACCCUGCUCCAGCUCCUGGUCCCGCUGCUGACCCUGCUCCAGCUCCGGAUGCCAUCGCUGACCCUGCUGCUAACCCUAGUCCUGGGGCUGCUGCUGACCCCCUGCCUCACUGGCACCACCACCACCGUCAUCACGGCUGGGGAGGAGGCUGGGGCGGAGGAGGAUGCUGCUACGGGCGCUGAUCUCUCUCAAUACCCCUACGACCUAUGACGAUUUAAGACCCUCACAUCCUAUUGCCUUAUCCUAUUUAACCCCUUGUUUUGUGGCCACCUUGACCCCUUCAAGAUCCCCACCCCUACCGUCACCACUACUCCUUCCAGACCCUCCACCAUCCCCACCACCUAUAAUUUUUCAAGACCUCCCACUAUCUGCACCACUACUUUAAAAUGCCAAUUUUCCCCCAAAUUUAUACCUCUUUCAAUUCUCGCACUAUCUCCAUCACUACUGCAAGAUCCCUAUCAUUUCCAUCACUACCUCAUCAAUAUCCCUACCAAUUCUUCCCUUUCGAGACCUCCACCUCAAGCCCCUCGUUUCAGCCGCUUGGCUAAUGCACUCAACAGUACUGAGGAAGACAACGCUACACUCAACAGUACUGAGGAAUACAACGCUACACUCAACAGUACUGAGGAAUACAACGCUACACUCAACAGUACUGAGGAAGACAACACUGCACUCAACAAUACUGAGGAAGACAACACUAGACUCUACAGCACUGAGAAAGACAACGCUACACUCAACAGUACUGAGGAAGACAACACUAGACUACAGUACUGAGGAAGACAACACUAGACUACAGUACUGAGGAAGACAACACUAGACUCUACAGUACUGAGGAAGACAACGCUACACUCAAGAGAGUAUUCAGAAACAAUGUGAAGAAAAAGAGAUUUAAAUCAUUUUGAAUUUCACGUAUUUUGUUGCCACGUUUCAGAAUUUAAUCUUAGAACAUUAAUCACAAAAGAAUGUAAAAUGUUUUGUUUUUAAUAAAAAUGGAGCUGAAAAAGGUACCGAAUGGCAAUAAAAAAAAGCAAUA